AUGCAGAACAGCCAGGGGUCGCUGGGCAACAUAAUUCCUUCGACCCGCUUGGCUGCUUCGGUGAACAGCCUGGCGAGUCAGGUGUCUGUACACCCCAAAGACCCGCAGCAGCAGCAGCAGCAGCAGCAGCAGCAGCAGCAGCAGCAGCGGAAGGCUGAUGGGCUGGCGCUGGAAGCAGCAGCAAACUCUCUUGCUGCUGUUGCCCAGCUCGCCAACAGCCGGCUGGCGGAGGCGUUGGAUUCCUACGUGUGGGAGCACCCCGUUGAGGCUCACUAUUUGCUGCAGUCGCUGACGGGGUCUUUGCAGCUGCUGCUGCUGCUGUGGCAGCAGCAGCAGGGGAAGCCGCAGCUAGCUGCGUACGGGCGAACUUGUGUGCCGCUGAGCUGCGGAGCGCACGAAGUCGUUUGCCCCACUUGGAGGCCCGCAGGACUCAGCGGGGAGGAACUGGCAGGCCGGCUGCUGGGGCAAGAAGAGGCGCUGGGGGAGUUGGCGUGGCUGUCUGGCAGCAGUUUGGGGAAGCAGCAAAUUGCCACGAGAGCAGCAGGAAAAGUGCUGCUGCGGCUGAGCGUGGCUAGCCGCUACUUCGCGGAGAACGGCAUCAGCAGCAGCAGCAGCAGCAGCAGCAGCAGCAGCAGCAGAGGGGCGGGCGCGGCGCCCGACGAACUCACGCAGCAGCAAAUCAAACACUGCAGCACACUCUUCGCCCACUACUUGAGGGCCGCAGCCGGCAACCAGCCAGCUAGCUAG